GUGAAGAAUCGUCCCUCUUGCUGAUUUAACGGAGCUGUGUGUCUAUCCGAAUCCGUCUGGAGGUCAUUCGGAUCGUCUGUUUUACAAAGGCACGGUCGGAGGAAAAGCGGUGCUUUCUUACGGCAGGAUGUAUGGUUUCGUAAAUCACGCCUUGGAAUUAUUAAUCCAACGGAAUUAUGGACCUUUGGUGUGGGAGGAUAUCAAAAAAGAAGCGCAGUUGGAUGUGGAAGGACAGUUUCUGGUACGGAUUAUAUAUGAUGAUUCAAAAACAUAUGAUUUGAUCAGUGCAGCCAGCAAAGUACUCAAAAUCGAUGCUGGAGAAAUUCUGCAGAUGUUUGGAAAGAUGUUUUUUGAAUUCUGCCAAGAAUCUGGCUAUGAUACAAUUCUACGUGUUUUGGGUUCCAAUGUUAGAGAGUUUCUGCAGAACCUAGAUGCUUUACAUGACCACCUGGCAACAAUCUACCCAGGAAUGCGUGCACCAUCAUUUCGAUGCACAGAUGCAGAUAAAGGGAAAGGUCUUGUUUUGCAUUAUUAUUCAGAAAGGGAAGGUUUACAGGAUAUUGUAAUUGGAAUCAUUAAGACAGUUUCACAGCAGCUUCAUGGCACUGAAAUAAACAUGAAGGUGGUCCAGGAGAAGAGUGAAGAAUGUGAUCAUAUUCAAUUUUUGAUUGAGCAUAAAAGUUCAGAAGAAGAGGCUUUCUCUGAGGAUCUGGAUAGGUUUGAGGAAAAUAGUAUCCAAGAAUCCAGAAUUAGUCAAUAUACUUUUUGCAAGGCAUUUCCUUUUCACAUCAUGUUUGAUAGUGAAUUAAUGAUAACACAGUGUGGGAAUGCAGCGUACAGAGUGCUGCCACAGCUCCAGCUUCAGCCUGGAAGUUGUAAUCUUCGGUCAGUUUUCUGUUUGGUCCGCCCACAUAUUGACUUUACUUUUCAUGGAAUCCUGUCUCACAUUAAUACAGUUUUUGUAUUAAGAAGCAAGGAAGGUUUACUGAAUGUUGAAAAGGCAGAAUCUGAUGAUAUGUCGGGUACUGAAAUCAACUGUUUACGUGUGAAAGGACAGAUGAUCCAUUUACCUGAAGCAGAAAAUAUACUUUUCUUGUGUUCUCCCAGUGUGAUGAACUUGGAUGAUCUAACCAGGAGAGGCCUUUAUCUCAGUGACAUCCCGCUACAUGAUGCAACACGAGAUCUUGUUUUGCUUGGUGAACAAUUCCGAGAAGAAUACAAACUCACACAGGAACUAGAAAUUUUGACUGAUCGGCUUCAGCAUACACUUCGUGAAUUAGAAGAAGAAAAGAAAAAGACAGACAGAUUGCUGUACUCUGUUCUUCCCCAUUCUGUUGCCAAUGAGUUGAGACAUAAACGUCCGAUUCCUGCUAAACGAUAUGACAAUGUAACAAUCCUUUUCAGUGGAAUUGUUGGAUUCAAUGCAUUCUGCAGUAAACAUGCCUCAGCUGAGGGAGCUAUGAAAAUUGUUAACCUCCUCAAUGAUCUUUACACAAAGUUUGACAUCCUCACAGAUUCACGCAAGAACCCUUAUGUAUAUAAGGUGGAGACAGUUGGGGAUAAGUACAUGACCGUGAGUGGUCUGCCAGAGCCAUGUAUCCACCAUGCUCGUUCCAUAUGCCAUCUUGCUUUGGACAUGAUGGAGAUUGCAGAGCAGGUGAAGGUUGAUGGAGAGCCUAUACAGAUCACAAUAGGUAUUCACACUGGGGAAGUGGUCACUGGCGUAAUAGGCCAGAGGAUGCCUCGUUAUUGUUUGUUUGGCAAUACUGUUAAUCUCACAAGCAGGACAGAAACCACUGGAGAAAAAGGGAGAAUCAAUAUUUCAGAAUAUACAUAUAGGUGCCUAAUGAGUGCAGAGAACUCAGAUGAACAAUUUCAGCUGGAGUAUAGAAAUCUGAUUAACAUGAAGGGUAAGAAAGAGCCAAUGAAGGUUUGGUUCCUAUCCAGAAAAUACAAAGUCUAAAGUUUGAUUCAUCAAGGAACAAUUUAUAUCCUUUGGAUGUUUUUUAAGUAGUGGGAAAAAAUUUAAUACAUGAAGAAUUAACAUUCACUUUUCACAGCUGAAAUGUAAUCACGAUAUAUAAAUCGUGACAAGUACAAAGUUAUUCAAUCUUCAGAUUGCCAAGAUUUUUCUCCUUUAUUCUUCAGUAAAUGUCAUGUUAGAAAUAAACACAAGCAAGUGGGAUUUAGCUGCUUUCUAAACAGAACUUGUCAAUCUGUCAAGUCUACAUAUGGAUUAUGCUAAGUAAUUAAGGGCAUUUAUAUUCUGUGGAGUCAGCUACAAAGUACCUUUUUGCAAGAGACCAGUGAAAAUGGGCACUGCCAUAAGCAUGUUGCCAAUACCCAUGUACACCAUUAAGCUGAAAAAUCUGUUACUUAACCCAUUUGGAAUAGUUGAAUGUGAGAAUUAAUGAGGGUUUCUGUUGUUUUAGAUUGGACACACGCAUUGUCCAGUUGUAAGAUGCCCAAUCGGGACUACAUCUUGUAAUAAAUAUUAACCAUGCUUUGGGAAUCAGGUUACAUAAAACUCAGAUUGUAGUGGAGCAGCAAGAAUUUCUCAUGCGGCUGGUCAUGUUGUCAUUUGCCUGACAAGGAUCAAGCAAAGAUUCUACUCUGGAUGCUUGGAAAAUUCUAGAAAUGGCAAGUAUGCCUUUCCUUUUCCAUUGGGCUUCUGACAAAUUCCAGAGUAUAAUUGGUGGAAAAAAUCAAAAAUUUCAAAUCCUUGAAACGUGUUUGUGCUUAGAUUUUGUUGAUACAUUCUAGCAAUGUUUUGUAGUAACUGAGAAUCUUCAGAACAGCAUCUCAUGUGACACUUUUCACCCAGGGCCACAAGUAUAGUUGAGCACCUGUGGACAAUGCUGAAAGGUUCCACUGGAGCACAUCCUCUGCUGAAGAGUUUCACUGCAACCUGUGUCAGAAUGUUGCCUAAAUUGUCUGUGAUCUGUUUGAAAAGCAAAUGUGAGGAUCAAUGAAGAAUAGAUCAGGGUACUUUCUAGAUGAUAGAACAUAGAACAUAGAACAGUACAGCACAGAACAGGCCCUUCAGCCCACAAUGUUGUGCCGACCAUUGAUCCUCAUGUAUGCACCCUCAAAUUUCUGUGACCAUAUGCAUGUCCAGCAGUCUCUUAAAUGACCCCAAUGACCUUGCUUCCACAACUGCUGCUGGCAACGCAUUCCAUGCUCUCACAACUCUCUGCGUAAAGAACCUGCCUCUGACAUCCCCUCUAUACUUUCCACCAACCAGCUUAAAACUAUGACCCCUCGUGCUAGCCAUUUCUGCCCUGGGAAGAAAUGAAGUUAAAUACAGUGGAUAUUCAAAGAUACUUAGUUUAGAUGUGCAGAUGUUUAAAAUACCCUGAGUAGGUGCAGAAAUUAAUCCAGAAAGCAAAUGGAAUGAUGGCUUUUAUAUCUAGAGGAGUGGAGUGUAAGGAUGCAGAAGUUAUGCUGCAGUAUUUUCAAGUUCUGGUUAAAUUCCACUUAAUUCCGAUCUGGGCAUCACAACUGAGGAAGGAUAUAAUGGCCUUGGAAUGAAUACAGUGUAAGCUUAAGAAUAGCUUUACUGUGAAAAUCCAAGUAUGAAGAGAGAUUAUACAAAUUGGGCCUGUUUUCCCUCUAGAAUUUGGAAGGUUAGGAGGGUGAUCUGAUCAAAGACUUCAAGAUAUCAAUAGGAAGAGACAGGGUAGAUAAAGAAACUAUUUCUACUGGUUGGAGAUUCUAGAAUUACAGUGCAUUGUCUGAGAAUUAGGGCAGGACCGUUCAGGAGAGAGAUGUUAGGAGGCAGUUUUACACAUACAGGCUGGUGGAGGUUUGGGAUACUCUUCCACAAGUGACAGUCGACACUAGAUCCGUUAAUUUUAAAUCUGAGAGAAAUUUUUGUUAAGCCAAGGUUUAAAGAAAAUGGGCCAAAGACAGGUAUUUAGGUUUAGGCCACACAGCAGUCAUUUGUUAAUUUAAUGGCAGAACAGGCUUGAGUAGCUGAAUGGCCUCCUGCUCCUGUGAAACAUCUCAAUUGGGUCAACAGUCAUUGUUAAGUGGGGACCCUGCUGAAAGUUGUGAUUGAUUGACUGACUGUGGUUGAAAAGCUUGAGAUGGUAUCUGGUGGGAUUGCUGACAUGGCUUUGGGCUCAGAGUUGCGGGAGGUUGAUCAUAAAGUCAUAGAUAUAUAGCAUGGAAGUGGCGCUUUGGACCAACUUGUCCAUGAUAACCAGUUUCGUUUUUGCCUGCGAUUGACCCCUAUCCCUCUAAACCUUGUUUAUCCAAGCACCUGUCGAAAUGAUUACAUCUGCUUCCUCUGGCAGCUCGUUCAAAAUAGGCACCACCUUUUGUGGAAAGCUUUAUUUCCCCCGGGUCCCCCCUCUCCUUAAACCUAUGCCUCCUAGUUUUGCAAUCCACUACCCUGGAGAAAAGACAUUGGUUAUUCACCUUAUUUAUGUCGUACAUAAUCUUUUAAACCUGAGGUCACCCUACAGCAUCUAAUCCUGCAUGGAGGAAUGUCCCAGCCUGUCUAGCCUCUCCUUAACUCAUAUCUUCCAGUCUUGAUAACAUCGUGUUCUGUACAUUAUGAUCCAACAUCCAUUUGUUCUACACCCUUUCCAGUUGAUAACGUCCUGCCUGCAGCAAGGUGACCAGAAUUGUACACAGUACUGUAUGUGUGGCUUCACCAAUGUCUUGUACAGCUAGCUAUAAGAUGACAUCCCAACUCCUAUACUUAAUGCUGUGACCAAUGAAGGCAAGCAUGCUUACCUUUGACACUACUUUUUAAGGCACUGUAUACCUGCAUCCCUAAGUCUCUUCAUUCAGCAACACUCCCCAGGGCUCUACCACAAACACUAAGCACUGACCUGGUUUACAUUACCAAAAUGCAACAUAUGACAUUAAUCUGAAUUAAAUUCCAUCUACUAUUCCAUGGCCCACUCGUCUAAUUGAACAAUAUCCCGUUGUACUGUUAGAUAACUUGGUUCGCUGUCUGCUUUACCACCAAUUCUGGUGUCAAUUGCAGACUUAUAACCGUGCCUCCUAUAUUUUUAUCCACAUCUGCUUUACAUAAAUGACAAACAACAGUGGACCCAGCACCAAUCCUUGCAGCACAUUGCUGAUCACAGCCUGUUCAGUCUGAGUCAUUGGUCAUGGAAUUUUUUUUAAUUUGGUCAUGAGACUUGAGCAUUUGCUCUCUCAGCCAGCAUUUAUUGCCCAUUCUUAAUUACAUAGAACAUUACAGCACAGUUCAGGCCCUUGAGCCCUCGAUGUUGUGCCGACCUGAAGCCCAUCUAACCUACACUAUUCCAUGUACGUCCAUAUGCUUGUCCACUGAUGACUUAAAUGUACUUAAAGUUGGCAAAUCAACUACUGUUGCAGGCAAAGUGUUCCGUACCCUUACUACUCUCUGAGUAAAGAAACUACCUCUGACAUCUGUCCUAUAUCUUUCACCCCUCAAUUUAAAGCUAUGACCCUGGAGGGUAAUGGUGAGCUGCCUUCUUGAACUGCUGCAUUCCUUGAUGUCUGUUAUGAAGGGAGUCUCAGGAUUUUGAAUUGUUGACAGUUGUGGAUCAAUUACCGAGUUACCUUGUAAUUUAACUACUGACUGAGAAAUCUCUCCUAAUCAAAUACUGAAAUGGUGAUUUAAAUUUUAUUGUAUGUAGCAUCCAAAAUAAGAUCAUUAAAGUAAGCAAGUUAAGCCUCUCAACCCAAAUUGGUUAUCACCCAAUUAAUGGUGGAAUUUGGUUACGAUCCCAGUAACAGUAAUCUGUCUCUGGAAGUGUCAGAGUAAGAUCCUUGUGCAAAAUUGUUCUUGAGUUCUGUUAAAAGUGGAAUUUCGGUGUUUGAUUCUUAUACAGAGUUUAGAUCUGUGUGAUAUUAUUGAGUUUUUUUAAAAGUCCUUUCGUCCAAAUUACUGAAAGCUACAUCUGAUAGGGCAAGCUGCAGACUCUUUGUUCCUUAUUCCAUUUGGUCUUAACUGUCUGUUUGAAGACAGCUUUCCUGUGAUUGAUUAACUCUUAACUUCUGCAGGACAAUCCUUGUCCUUUUGUGGCAAUAAAGCAUCCAGUUUAUCAAAUAGGUGAUAAAGCAGUUUUGUUCCUUUGCCGCCACUCCUCCUUUUGCCAGACAUGUCUAAUUGCUUUAAACUUCUUUAUAAGUUUGUCCUUGUCCUUUUAAUAGUUUAUUCCAGACUGAGUUAUUGCUGCUGCUUUUGAAUAUGACAGUUUAUCUUUGGUUGAUUCAUUCAAUCCAUGAGCAGUUAUUAAAAUUCUGAAGUCUGUACUGUCACAGUGAUAUGGUUCCAAAUCAUAAUGAUACGUGGCUUGAAAUGGAAGGCUUGCUGAUGGUUGGUUUUCCCACACGUUUACUGUCCUCAUCUUUCUAGUUGGCAGAUAUUGAGUUUGAAAGGAGCCAUGGUGAGUUGCUACUGUGCAUCUUGUACCUAGUGCAUGCAGCUGCAUCUGAGCAUCAGAGGCAAAGGGAAUGAAGGUGGAUGAGAUGCUAACCUAGCAGGCUGCUCUGUCCUGGUUCGUGACAAGUUAAUUGGAUGUUGGAGCUGUAUCCAUCAAGAGUGGAACGUCAUGGUUGUUAGCACUAUUACCUCUCAGCACCAGGGAGCUGGGUUCAAUUCCACACUUGGGCAUCUGUGUGUGUGACGUUUUGCAUAAUCUCCCUGUGUCUACGUGAGUUUACCCUGGCUGCUCCAGUUUCCUCCCACUGUCCAAAGAUGUGCAGGUUAAGUAGAUUGGCCAUACUAAAUUGCCUAGAGAGUCCAGGGAUAUACAAGUUAGAUUGAUUAGCCAUGGAAAAUCCAGAGUUACAGGGAUGGGGUAGGAGGGUGAGUCUGGGUGGGAUGCUGUUCAGAGAGUUGAUGUAGAUUUGUUGGGCUGAAUGGCCUGUUACCACACUGGGGAUUCUAAUAGGAGUAUUUCUUCACACACUUGACUUGUGUAUUAUAGAUGGUAGACGGACUUUGAAGGCUAGUAGAUGAGUUACUGAGGACUGAAUCCUAGGCUUUGACCAGGUUUUGGAACCACAGUGUUUGUGUUUGAAGGCAAAAUACUGUAGAUGCUGGAAAUCGAAACAAAAUGCUGGGCUGCCAACAUCUAUGGAGAGAGAAAGUUAAUGUUUCAAGUGUGGUAUGACUCAUCUUCAGUUUCUGAUUCUUGGCAAAACCUAGAAUGUUAAUAGGAGAUGUAGACAUGGUAAUGAUUGAAUGUCAAGGGUGCUAGCAUUUUCAUGAGAUUGGGAGAAAGGAGUCUUUGAAGCAGGCUAAGUACACAGGCUACUGGGAAUAUGUUUAUAUCCCUCAUGGACACUUGCAGAUCUCAUCUAUAUACAAGCAAUGCCUAAUGUAUGCACAGUAAAUGGCCCCAAAAAAGAUGAGGGAACCCAGGACCAAAUGUGCCCCAAGAAGGUUUGUUUGGAAGUCUGGGACAAUGGGUCAAAUUACAGUCAAUCUCUGAAAAUUCAUGGUAGUUUGUCACUCUGCAGUCCAUGUUGAACGUUCUGGGGCUUGUGACCUUUAUGAAGGUUCUGGUGUUUAGUGAAAUGCAAUUCUAGCCUUGCUGUCCUGUUCGGCUUGCAAUAAUUAUGUGACUAUUGUCUCUGUUGUAUGUACUGUUUUGUGUGCAGCCUGUGAAAAAUUGAACUCAUCACUUCUGUCAUAGUGUUAGUGGUGCUGCCGAAAGAUGUGUUGAUUAGCAACUUUGAAUUACUAGGUAAAUCAGGACAGUUUUACAGCUUGCAUUCACUGAUAUGAAAAUGAACAGAAGUAGAGAUAAAAAGAUUGGAUUUUUUUCUCCUUAUAGCAAAACUAUAAACUAAUAACAAUUAAUUAAAAACAAAGCAUUAUUAAAGUAGAAACGUCGGUGCGGGAAAAGGAAUGCCACAAACUCUGUAUAGCAGCCUAGAUUUCACUGAGGAGGAAGUGUAGAGAUUUUAAAGGCUUUUAACAAUGUGUUUUGAAUCCCAUAUUUAAUGUUUCUUAUGAUUGAUGCAUGCUCCACAUUAGAGCUUAGUGAGAGAGAGGUUCCUGGUUAAUUUGUGACCAUACCUACAUCAAGAUGAAUGUUGAGUUUCGAAAAUUGUCUUGGGCAUAGUAGCUCUGGUCACCUGAGUGCACAUCUGAUAGAAGAGCAAUACCAUGUGUAGAGGGUCUGAGUUAGUCAAUUAUCAGCUGGAGAACAUUAAUGGAAACACUUUAUGAGGCUAUUAUGAUGCUGCUCAACAUUCAAGGCCAAAUGAGAACCGGUUGGUAAAGAGGAAGAAAUAUUUGUAGAAAUACAUGAAACAAGAUCACAGGACAGGAUACAGAUAUUGUGGCAGACAUCACACAAAAGAAACAUGUCCAGGUGGAGAAAGCAAUGCUCUAACUACAAGAGGCCGAAUCACUCUCUCAACCUGCUAGAAAGAAGCAAAUCAAACUUGUAAAGGUGGUGAAUGAACCACUUUACAACAUACAGCAAAUUGGUAUUGUAGGUUUGAAAACUAAUGAACGGUUUGUGAAUGUUAUGAAGAUAACUACAGAAAGAAAGCAUUGGUCAGAAACAGGAAUUUAUAGUAGAGGACAAAGAAAUGGGAUGACCAAGUAGUAACAUUGGUUUGCAUUCUUAGGGAGAAUAUCAGUAAUAAGAAUACCAGAUAUGUUAGGGAGCACAGUUUAGUGAGGGAAAAGAACUGAAGCAAAUCAAUAUUUGGGAAGUGUUUUUGGUCAAUGAGAGAUUUUAAACCCCAUCACAGAGCACUUAAGGAAGUAGCGUGAUAAAGUGUGGAUGCAUUGGCCAUCUUGGAAGAUAUGAUAGACUGUGGAACAGUUCCUACAGAUUGGAUAGUAGUUAAUACAACUCCUCUACAUUAACAAGGAAGGCUGAGAGAAAACCAAGAAUUAUAAACCAGUCAGUUUGAGAUUGGGUAACAGGGAAAACGCUAGAGUCAGUUAAGAUUUAAAACCAAGCACUUGGAAAGCAGUGGCAGGCUCAGACAGUGUGAAUUUACGAAGGCAAAAUCAUGUCAAAUCUAUUGGAAUUCUUCAAGGAUGUAAUUUCCCAAGUUGAGGGAGAGCUAGUGGAUGUGGCUUACUUAGACUCUCAGAAUGCUUUUGACAAAGUGUGCAAAAUUAAAGUGAGUGGGAUUUGGAUUGUAUUGAGAUGGAUGGAAAACUAGUUGAUGGCCUAGUCAAGUAGGAGUGAAUGUGUUUUUAGUUCCAAAUCAUAGGUGGUUACUAGUGGGGUACUGCAGGGAACAGUGCUAGGACCCCAGCUAUUGGUUACAUAACUAACUUGGAUAAGGGAUUGUAAAUGAAUAUAAUAUCUCCAAAUUUGCAGAUGAGACAAUGCGAAAUGGGAGGGUGGAUUGAGGUUACAGAAAUGCCUCUGAUUUGGGUCAGCUGAGUGGGCAAAUGCAUGGCUGAUCAAGUAUUUUAUGGAUAAAUAUAAGGUUAUUUACUUUGGGGAGCUAAAACAUGACGGCAGAUUAUUGUCUGGCUAUUAAUUGAGAGAGCAGUAUGUGCAAAGCGACCUCUGUUCUUGUGCGCCAGUCUCUCUGAUGAAGGGUCUAGGCCCGAAACGUCAGCUUUUGUGCUCCUGAGAUGCUGCUGGGCCUGCUGUGUUCAUCCAGCUUCACACUUUAUUACACUGAAGGUAAGCCUACAAGUACAGCGAGCAAUCAAGAAGGCAAGAACUGUGUUGAUAACAAGGUGUAGAGCUGAAUGAACACAGCAGCAUCAGAAGAGCAGGAAAGCUGACG